AUGAUAUCUAGUCCAAAACAACCAGGUAAUGAUAUAGAUGUCUUUUUGGCACCUUUGGUUGAAGAUUUGAAAAAAUUGUGGGAUGAAGGUGUGAUAGUGUUUGAUGCAUACCGCAAAGAGAAUUUUAAGUUGCAAGCUAUGCUUUUCUGCACAAUCAAUGACUUUCCAGCUUAUGGAAACCUGUCUGGGUAUAGUGUCAAAGGACAUAAGGCAUGCCCUAUUUGUGAAGAGAAUACAUGCUAUUAUCAACUUGUUCAUGGUAGAAAGACAGUUUACAUGGGUCACCGGAGGUUUCUUGAUAGAUUUCACCCUUAUAGGAGAUUAAAAAAGGCUUUCAAUGGGCAACAAGACUAUACAAAUGCUCCACAGCCACUGACUGGGAUUGAAGUUUAUGAACGUGUGCAAGGUAUAAAUGUUACGUUUGGUAAGACUCAAAAGCUAAUAUCUCAAAGAGGUAAGAAGACAAAAACUAAUGAUGAGAUACGUUCAAAUGAAAAGAGUCCAUGGAAAAAAAAAUCUAUAUUCUUUGAUCUUCCAUAUUGGAAGACAUUAGAUGUGAGGCAUAGUAUUGAUGUGAUGCAUGUGGAGAAAAAUGUAUGUGAUAGUAUUGUUGGAACUCUUUUAGACAUAAAGGUGGCUGUUAGAGGUAUAUUGCCUAAAAAGUUGAGAUAUACUAUUAUACGGCUUUGUUUCUUUUUCAAUGCUAUCUGUGGAAAAGUUAUUGAUCCAGACAAAUUAGAUGAAUUGGAAAAUGGUAUUACUGUUACAUUGUGUCAGCUAGAGAUGUACUUUCCACCUUCAUUUUUUGAUAUCAUGGUUCAUUUGGUUGUACAUUUGGUGAGAGAGAUAAGACAGUGCGGCCCUGCCUAUUUGAGGUGGAUGUACCCAUUUGAACGAUACAUGAAAGUGUUAAAAGGUUAUGUGAGGAACCGAUAUAGACCAGAAGCCUCUAUUGUUGAAAGCUAUAUUGUUGAGGAGGUUACGGAAUUUUGUACUGAAUACUUGGCGGGGGUAGAAGCUAUUGGUGUUUCUAAGUAUCGACAUGAAGGAAGAAUUGCUGGGAAAGGUACUCGAGGAACCAAUGUGCAAGAUAUGCCUCGUAAAGAUGUUGAGCAAGCGCAUUUGUACAUCUUGCACAAUACAAGUGAAGUUGAGCCAUAUUUAGAUGAACAUAAGGCCUUGAUUAAAGAGCAAAAUCCAAGAAGGACAGACAUGUGGAUUGUGAGCGAACAUAAUCGUAAUUUUAUUAGUUGGUUCAAAAGUAAAGUUCUUAAAGAUAAAAAUGUUUCUGAAACUGUACGAUGGUUAGCUCAUGGGCCUGGUAUGCAAGUCAUAUGUUAUACUGGAUAUGAUAUUAAUGGGUUUUCUUUUUAUACAAAAGAGCAAGAUGAUAUGAGCACUAUGCAAAACAGUGGAGUUUCUUUAGUUGCAAAUUCAAUGCAUUUCAGUAGUUCGAAAGAUAAAAAUCCUGUGAUUGCAGAGUUGUCAUAUUAUGGUGUGAUUGAAGAGAUAUGGGAGGUUGAUUAUGUUCAGUUUAGGGUGCCAAUGUUCCGAUGUAAAUGGGUAGAUAGUAAACACGGUGUGAAAGCUGAUGAGUUAGGAUUUACACUUGUAGAUCUGAACAGAGAAGGUCACAAAAAUGAGCAAUUCAUUUUGGCAUCCCAAGCAAAACAAGUAUUUUAUGUUACUGAUCCUUGUGAUAAAAAAUGGUCAAUUGUCCUUCAUGGAAAGAAACAAAUUACUGGUGAUUUGAAUGAAGAUAUUAGUUUUGAUAUUGAGGAAAUCCCACCAUUUUCUUUAAGUUUAUUGCCAGUCAUUGUGGAUAAUGAGAUAGAUGAAGUGCAUGCAUCACGGGAUGAUCAUCAUGAAGGGAUAUGGGAGCGUUGA